CUUCAAAUUGAACGAGUUGCUGAUAAAUAAGUUUGGGUGUAUUCUUUUUCGACUAAAACUAUGGCUGCACAUAGAUGUCUCAGCGUUCUGUUUCUGACGUUUAUGGUCCUAGUUCUAUACAUUCCCUAUAAUGAAGCUGUUUUUGGCAUUCUUGUGCCAAAAGAAGGCAAAAGAACUCUACAUAGGGAACUCUUCAAUGGAAGGAUGACGACUAAGGCAGCAAUUCUGCAAAAAAUACGGCGAAGGAAAUUUAUGAAUUCGUUAAUUGAAAAAUUGAAACAAGACAAAGAUGGGCAGCUAGCAAGAGAGUUAUAUGACUUCAAGAACUAAACAUAUUAAAUACGGAUAAAUUAUGAACAAGAAAUAUACGUAAAUGUGAAAAAAAGAUAAUUUAUUUUUCAUUGUGACAAAAAAAUUUGACAUCAAUUUGGACAUAAACAUCAUAAAUGUAGUCAACAUUAUGUUAAUGAAAACAAAUACAGACAAUCAGACAUGUCUAGCUUUCGUAUAGUCUGUGUUGUUUAAACUUUCAAUAAAUCAGUAGCGAAUCUAGGGGUAGUCACAGCAAAAAUUCUAAAGAAUAUAAUUUCACCAAUGGACCUGUCUCUGAGGGGCUUAGAAAUAUUUAUAUAUUCCAAAAUGUGCAGCAGUAAUUUAUUUUGACUAACCCUAGAUCCGCCACUGCAGAGAAUCACUGCAAUUAGUAAGUUCACUUUCUCAAUGUCCUACUCCUUUUUUUUUCCUUCUUGAAAAAUGAUUAUUUUAAAAAAUUCUUUAAGAGGGAGUGGCAACCAAUUUUUUUACCUACAAUUAUUUAAGGUAUUUAAUACAGAAUGAAUUUUAUAUGACAUCGUAAUUCUCUAUAGAACUCUCCUUAAAUCACUAUGAAUAUAAAUAAAAUUGAAGAAAGGAAGCCAUCUUUAAUUUAAGAGCAAGCUAUUAUGGAAAUAUGCAUGACGUAACAACAGGGCAUUAAUUGUUUUAGGAGCCUAGAAAAAGUGAAUUUUUUUGUCGGGAUUUUUUUCAGUGCUGCUAUUAAAGAAAUAAACCGGACAAUACAUGGCUAUAUGUUAACAUAUAAACACAAGACUUGUAUUUGCCGAGAAACGCUUACCCUGUUGUGACGUCUUUUGCUAAAGCAUGAAGAAGUUAGCAUAAUAAAAAUCUUUACAAGAUGGCGACGAACACGCUAUGAUAUAAAUCAAAAAAGAGACGAAUCUUUCCAAACAAAAGACAGCGAUGACAACUUUUUGGUGUUUUUUUCAUAUUUAGAGAGUUUAUCGAGUAUAGACGUCAUAUCAACAGCUACAUGCAGAUGAAUAAGAAUGGCAUACCGUAGUAAAAGUGAGAGAGGACAGAAAGCUGAAGCACGGUUGUUAGCUGAUCCUUAUGAUACAGAAUCAUGGAAUGUGUUGCUGCGUGAGGCUCAGUCAUUGCCCAUAGCAAGUGGAAGAGCUCUGUAUGAGAGACUUGUUGAAAGAUUUCCAACAUGCGGCCGUUAUUGGAGACUCUAUAUAGAACAAGAGAUGAAAGCGAAAAACUACGAAAACAUUGAACAGUUAUUUCAACGUUGUCUCAUGAAAGUCCUAAAUGUUGAUUUAUGGAAGUCUUAUCUACAUUAUGUGAAAGAAACAAAAGGCUCGCUACCAACGUUUAGGGACAAAAUGACGCAGGCCUUCGAAUUUGCCUUGGAUAAAGUUGGAUUGGACUUUAAUUGUUAUCAGAUAUGGGCAGAUUACAUUGCGUUUUUAAAAGCAGGAGAAGCAAGCGGCUCAUUCGCGGAGAAUCAAAAAAUCAUGAAUUUACGUAAAGUUUAUCAGAGAGCUGUGUUUACUCCCAUUAAUAACCUUGAGUCACUCUGGAGAGAUUACACGUCAUUUGAACAGAGUGUAAACAAAGUAUUAGCAAAGAAGUUGAUCGACGAGAAAACGCGCGAAUAUAUGAACGCCCGCCGUGCAGCUAAGGAAUAUGAAGCAAUUACAAGAAAUAUUACUCGUGGUAACCCGUCUGUGCCACCACAAGGGACCCCUAGUGAGAUGAAACAGCUUAAUUUAUGGAAUAAGUAUCUCCAGUGGGAAAAAAGCAACCCUUUAAAAAGUGAAGAUAUGGCUGUUCUUACAAAGCGAGUAAUGUACGCCUUUGAACAGGCUUUACUUGCAUUGUCCUUCUAUCCAAAUAUUUGGUAUCAGGCUGCUUUAUUCUUGGAAGAUCGUAGUCGACAGCUGUUUGAUCAAGGAGAUCAGCAAAAUGGUAAAAUAAUGGCAGAUGAGGCUAACGCGAUUUAUGAAAGAGCAACGUCUACCCAUAUGAAGUUUAAUGUCAUGUUGCAUUUUGCAUGGGCGGACUUUCUUGAGAGUCAAAUGAAGGUUAAUAAAGCAAAGGAUGUUUACGAAAAUUUAUUAAGUACACCAAAUAUUGACCACACUUUGAUCUAUAUUCAAUUCAUGAAGUUCUCGAGAAGAUCCGAAGGUAUUAAAGAAAGUCGAGCGGUUUUCAAACGAGCCCGCGAGGAUACGAGAUGUUGCUAUCAUGUUUUUGUCGCAGCCGCUCUAAUGGAAUAUUACAUAACGAAGGACAAAGUUGUGUCGAUGAAGAUUUUUGAGCUAGGUUUAAAGAAAUUUGCGAACGAAGCAAAGUAUAUUCUCGCCUAUUUAGAAUUCUUGAUUCAUCUUAAUGAUGAUAACAAUACGCGAGUUUUAUUUGAAAGAGUUCUCAGUAACCUUCCACAAGAAAAGUCAAGGGAAAUUUUCAAAAAGUUCCUCGAUUUUGAAGCCAAUAGUGGCGACCUUGCGAGUUAUCUAAAAGUGGAAAAAAGAAAAUUAUCUUUGUUUAAAGAGGAGCUCGAGUCACGUGAGACCACACUUCUGGUGGAUAGAUAUCGCUAUUUGGAUCUUUAUCCGUGUACAAAAACUGAAUUAGCUGUUCUUGGCUACGAGACUCAAGAAACUGAGGAAUGUAGUCAAACUUCGACAUCUUUGCAAGGAUCACUUGUUGACGAGACGAUGAAUUUGCCAACGAAGUUUCCCGCACCGAAUUUGAGUCAAAUGUCGCCAUUCAAACCUGUACCUAAAGGGACUGCUGGAGUUCAUCAUAUUCCCGGUGGUGUAUUUCCUGUUCCACCCGCGGCAGCUCAUCUGAUCUCUUUAAUGCCUCCACCAAUGUGUUUUCAGGGUCCUUUUGUUAUGGUGGAUGAAUUGCUUAAAAUGAUUGCUGACUGUCAUCUUCAGAAACCUCAAACAACAUCUCUACCUGAAGGCAGCUACAACGGUGGUGGCAUAAGGAGUGAAAGUAUGAUAGUUGAGGAUGCUAGAGGCAAGAAACGAUCAUUAAAUGGUAACGAUAGUGAUGAUGAAGAAAAGCUCGUGAGCCUUCCACCCGUCAAUGAUAUCUAUCGCAUGAGACAACAGAAAAAAGUUGCCUUCUGAAACUGUGAGUUGUGGAAAUUUUUCUCAAAAUAUUCCUGUCAGUAUGUCUAUCGUCAACUGUGAUUGCGACAAUCAGUUAUGUAUCUAUGAUGAACAUUGACCAGACCUUGUCAUGCUUAAUUGUGAUGUGCUCUCGUGCAUUAUUGCAUGCAACGAUUCACUUAAUCGAUUAUUUACUUUACUUUAAGAUUACUCAUGAUUUUUUUAUCCGGAAAAACUUUGCCCUAUCAAUCAUUUCACUGCAGCGUGGUGGGUAAGACGCAGUAAUAUUUGUUUUUAUUACGAAAAGCUUCGCUUUACUAAAUAUUUACGAUUUGGCAUACCUUUUUUCGGUACGUAAUUAUUAAGCUGUUAAUCUCAGUUUAAAAGCUGCUGUUUUAAUGGGUUAAUUUGCAUGAAAAGAUCGCAGGGAAUCAUAUGUACAAUUAGCACUUUUUCUGUUGGUAAUUAUAGCCGUUUCUUCGAGCUUUCGUGAAAAUCCUUUUUUUAAGAAGUGGAGUAAAUCCAUUUGCGUUUGUGUUGUCCUAGCAGUACGACACACAUGAAGAAUAUUUUGUGUUAGUAUAUAUAACUUAGUAAAACUUGAUCUGAAUAUUUACUAUUUAAUAAGAUUAUCUAUAUUGUGCAAGACUUGUGUUGCCGAAAAAACAUUGAGGAUAAGUGUGGACAAAUACCGUUCAUUUACUUUGCAUCAUAUGGCAGAUUUAAGACCUGUAAGUGAGUAAACACUUGUGUAAAAAAAAGAGGGGGUGGAUACACUACACCUUGCAUUAUUUAUCAAGAUUUACACGAUAAAGUUAUAAUACAGUUGUGGUACUUUGAAUAUCUGGCUGGAUAAAUUCAAUAUCUUGUCACCAGGUGUUUAAAAACGAAUUUGCCAACACAACUUAACCUUCAAUGAACGCAAUUUAUAAAGAAAGAAACUGUGCAGAUUUCCUUGGAGAUUUAAGUCACAAAAUCUUGGUGUACGAUUCACUGGUGUGUUUAUGUGGGUGUGUGGAAAGCUCUUCACAAGUUCAUUGUUAUAAAUGAUUAAUUUAGCUAUCGAAGCAGUUUACAAUGGCGGUGCGUUUUGAUCUUCAUCGUUGAUCGCUGCUGGUCAUUUGCUUAAAAUCUAAAAUAUUUGGAAUUUGGGAGGUUCUUGUCGUAGCAAUGACAUGUCCAUCUCUAUAACGUGCAAAUUAAGAGGUACUUGGUUUUACUGAAGUACGAUGUGGUUUGUGAGAUUCAGAUAACAGAAAUAUUCUUUUUUUGCCGAGCGCACGUGAUUUUUGUCAAAAAAUGGUGAUCAAUCAGGCUAAGAGGAUUAAAAAAAACAGGAUGUGGCUUAGUAAAUCAGUCAGUAUAUAACGACGGAGUUUGAGCUCUCGUUAAGGUACCGUUGAAGAAAGCUUGAAAUUGCCUGCAAACUGCAAAGUGUCGUUUGAUCAAUUGCAUGCAAGUCCGACAUACUUGGAACACUUACUUAGCUAGGUCCUUUUGGCUAAGCUUUGAGAAAAAUUGUCAUACUUAACUGCAAUAUUACUAUUGAUGAAAUUUCAUUUUGUGCUGAGGAUACUCAGUGUUUGUCUCACGCUUGUCAUGUUCUUUCCUGUAAAUGAGGGAUUAUAUCGAAUAGCGGGCUAUGGACGACGUCGUAUGCUUGGAAGUUUCACAAAGAAUAAACGAGAGGGAUUUCUUUUUCCACGACAGUUGUUAAUUAAACGUCGUGAUACGGUACAGGAAUAAAAUGUUUUGUUACACGACUCGAGAUUGUUUGUCUUACGUUACGAAUCGAGGAAACGAAAUGACGUAGUUGUGUUUUUGUUACGUGGUAAAGGAAGACGGAUUUCUAUUGAUGUCAAUGUAUUUAUUGCGUUCUUCUUAUUGGCUGGGACAUUUGCUUAAUUUAAUUGCAAAGGAAGAACGCUCGUUGAUAUAAAUUAAACUUGCUCUUUAAAAAAACACGUCAAAGGAUGGCUAUAAUUAUCGUAUGUUAAAUAAUGUGAUAAGCGAAGAACGCUCUAAUAACUUGGUGUUUCCUAAGAAUAUUUUACUUAGAUACCGCGCAAAUUUAUUGUAAUGUUGUUUAUGUGACCGUGAUAUCAAAUAUCGUCGUACAAAAACAGUUUUAAUAGUUUAUUUAUAUAAGUUAA